GGGUUUGCAGAGUAGCAAUUUCGUCACACUCGCUAACACCCAAAUGAUGCAAUUUUCAAUCCAUAACUGACCAUUUCCGACCACACUACACAAUAUCGCAAUUCCUCCACAGUUUCAUUUCAGAAGAUAUUACCUCUAUUCGGCGUUCACGUACGACGACAUUUUCCUCCUUCCAUUCUUAACAAACAACUUAUCCUGUGAUUUAUGAUUUAGGGUUUAGGUGAAUUUGUGACUUUUUCUUUGGCUACUACGCAAUGAUUAAGAUUGGUGACCAUAGAAAACAAUUAUUCCACAAAUGGGUGUUGUUUGCCAAAAAGUACAGCACUAGUGAACCAAUUCAUGAGGUUGCAGAUGUAACUGAAACAGUGUGCAAGGUUAUGAUAUCGUGUCCUAUAGUGGCGCUUGACACUGCUCUUAAUCAAACUGGGGUUAGAGUUUCACCUGAUUUAGUGGAGAAUGUCCUCAAGAGGUUUGAGAAUGCGGGCAUGUUGGCAUUUCGGUUCUUUGAAUGGUCAGAGAGGCAAAGAAACUAUUCGCAUACCAUCAGAGCAUACCACUCCAUGAUUGAGUCUUUGGCUAAGAUAAGGCAGUAUCAGAUCAUGUGGGAGCUUGUGAAUGCUAUGAGGAAAAAGGGUAUGCUAAAUGUUGAGACUUUUUGUAUCAUCAUGCGAAAAUAUGCCAGGGCUCAAAAGGUGGAUGAGGCUGUUUAUACAUUUAAUGUCAUGGAAAAAUAUGACAUGCCUCCAAAUCUUGCUGCAUUUAAUGGUUUGCUGAGUGCUUUGUGCAAGUCCAAGAAUGUAAGGAAGGCUCAAGAGAUCUUUGACAGUAUGAAGGGUCGCUUUGUCCCGGACUCGAAAACUUAUAGCAUAUUGCUUGAAGGGUGGGGAAAGGCUCCAAAUCUUCCCAAAGCAAGAGAGAUUUUCAGAGAGAUGGUUGACAUGGGGUGCAACCCUGAUAUUGUUACUUAUGGUAUAAUGGUUGACAUUCUUUGCAAAGCAGGGAGAGUUGAUGAAGCUGUUGAGGUUGUCAAGGAUAUGGAUGCUAACAAUUGCAGGCCGACAUCUUUCAUUUAUAGUGUCCUGGUUCAUACUUAUGGUGUGGAAAACCGGAUUGAAGAUGCUGUUGAUGCAUUCCUGGAGAUGGAAAGGAAGGGAAUCAAGGCAGAUGUUGUGGUGUAUAAUGCCUUGAUUGGGGCCUUUUGUAAAGUGAGCAAAUUUAAAAAUGUGCAUCGGGUGUUACAAGAGAUGGAGUGCAAUGGUGUCACUCCUAAUUCAAGGACCUGCAAUGUUAUCAUAAGCAGUUUGAUUAGCCAAGGAAAGACUGAUAGAGUUUUUGGAGUUUUCCGCCGAAUGAUCAAGUUAUGCGAACCAGAUGCCGACACUUAUACAAUGAUGAUAAAAAUGUUUUGUGAGAGAAAUGAACUAGAGAUGGCUCUGAAAAUAUGGAGGUAUAUGAAGUCAAAACAUUUUGUCCCAAGCAUGCACACUUUUUCAGCCCUUAUCAAUGGGUUAUGUGAAAAGGGAAAUGUUAUGAAAGCUUGUGUUUUGAUGGAAGAGAUGAUAGAGAAGGGAAUUCGACCAUCACGUGUUACAUUUGGGAGGUUAAGACAAUUGCUUAUAAAGGAAGGGAGAGAGGAUGUGCUCAAAUUUCUUCAUGAAAAAAUGAAUCUUCUUGUCAAGGAGCCUUUAUAUGAUUAAAAAGCAUAGAAGGCAACUGGCAACUAGAAGCAUCUAACAUGUGAUAUUUGUAGCUUAGACUACUGAUUAUGCAGUCAAGACAGUUGCAGUUUUAUAUGUCUGGAUAUGCCUAUUAUGUAACAUAAAAAUCAGCAUUUAACUGGUAAACUUUUCCUUUUCAUUCUGUUACUUGCAUUUUUUGUGUUGCUUCUCCUGUUGAUAUUUCCUUUUGCUUUAAGACUUGCCAGUUAUUUUUGGUAUAAUCCUCUGAACUCUGAAUUUGCUGCUACUGCCACAUCCUUCCUAACUUUCAAAUGCAUAGAUGAUUGACAUAUUAUAUUGCAGGUUAUUGCUGAUGAGAUCGCAGUUAUGAUUUUAGAAUAUGCCAUGAUGAUGUGUAGAAUGUAUAGAGUGCAUGUCAUAAAGCUCAUCGUGGUUAUGUCAUGUGCUAUUUACUAACUGAGAAGCAGCAAAUUAGCAACCACUGGUGCCAUCAAUUUUAGGUGUCCUUGCUCUGUUUUUGUUACUAAUUUGAUGAUUUUUUUAACUCAAGAUAUGAUGUAAUUACUUUGAGUAAUUCAGUUUUAUUGGAAGUGAGUAAUGAAAAAAAUUUGGUUUGGAUUUUGUCUUUUAUGCAGUGGGAAAAACCUGAUCAUCUUGGAGUCCAGAAAAAUCCACCAGCACUGGCUGUGUCUAGCAACUAAAAACUGCAUAUUAACCUCUGUUAUAUUGCAGGUUAUUGCUGAUGAGAUCACAGUUAUGCUUUUAGAAUAUGCCAUGAUGAUGUGUAGAAUGCAUAGCUAUGGUGCAUGUUAUAUAGCUCAUCGUGGUUGUAUUAUGUGCUAUUUACUAACUGAGAAGCAGCAAAUUAGCAACCGCUGGUGCCAUCUUCAAUUUUAGUGGGAAAAACCUGAUCAUCUUGGAAUGCGGAAAAAUCUACCAGCACUGGCUGUGUCUUGCAACUGACAACUGCAAAUCAACUUCUGACAAAUCUCAGUGAUCUCCCCUAUUAUGCUUCUUCCUUGGCCUGUACUAUCAUAAAAGCUGUGACAAAUGUAGAGGCUAAUUGCGCUAGCUUGGUUGCUGCUGAUAUUAGUGCUGGAUUUCUUUGUGCAAGUAACAUUGUAAGGGUGUUGUUAUGCCAUAGGCAGGGACAGUGGAGGACUUUGUUAGAAGAGGUCCAUAAAGUUUAUGUUCAGCUACCCAUUAACAGAAGUCAAAGACAAUCAACCUUGUGCAUAUCAAAGUGUUUCUUCUAUAAAUUUUUGCUGUCAUUAUUUGCUUGUUGUUAAGCGGUAUUCUCUGCGGCACGAAUCCAUGUAAUGUAAUAAUGGAUUAUAUUCGAAAAGAAAAU